GAUGACGCAACGGGAGGCGGGGCGUGGCCGUACUCUGAUUGGUGACGGGUGAGGCGGCCCGAAAUCGUAGGACUUCCGAAAGCAGCGGCGGCGUUUGCUUCACUGCUUGGAAGUGUGAGUGCGCGAAGAUGCGAAAGGUGGUUUUGAUCACCGGGGCUAGCAGUGGCAUUGGCCUGGCCCUCUGCAAGCGGCUGCUGGCGGAAGAUGAUGAGCUUCAUCUGUGUUUGGCGUGCAGGAAUAUGAGCAAGGCAGAAGCUGUCUGUGCUGCUCUGCUGGCCUCUCACCCCACUGCUGAGGUCACCAUUGUCCAGGUGGAUGUCAGCAACCUGCAGUCGUUCUUCCGGGCCUCCAGGGAACUUAAGCAAAGGUUUCAGAGAUUAGACCGUAUAUAUCUAAAUGCUGGGAUCAUGCCUAAUCCACAACUAAAUAUCAAAGCACUUCUCUUUGGCCUCUUUUCAAGAAAAGUGAUUCAUAUGUUCUCCACAGCAGAAGGCCUGCUGACCCAGGGUGAUAAGAUCACUGCUGAUGGACUUCAGGAGGUGUUUGAGACCAAUGUCUUUGGCCAUUUUAUCCUGAUUCGGGAACUGGAGCCUCUCCUCUGUCACAGUGACAAUCCAUCUCAGCUCAUCUGGACAUCAUCUCGCAAUGCAAGGAAAUCUAAUUUCAGCCUCGAGGACUUCCAGCACAGCAAAGGCAAGGAACCCUACAGCUCUUCCAAAUAUGCCACUGACCUUUUGAGUGUGGCUUUGAACAGGAACUUCAACCAGCAGGAUCUCUAUUCCAAUGUGGCCUGUCCAGGUACAGCAUUGACCAAUUUGACAUAUGGAAUUCUGCCUCCGUUUAUAUGGACGCUGUUGAUGCCGGCAAUAUUGCUACUUCGCUUUUUUGCAAAUGCAUUCACUUUGACACCAUAUAAUGGAACAGAAGCUCUGGUAUGGCUUUUCCACCAAAAGCCUGAAUCUCUCAAACCUCUGAUCAAAUAUCUGAGUGCCACUACUGGCUUUGGAAGAAAUUACAUUAUGACCCAGAAGAAUUGAUGGAAGCCAUGAUCAUCAGAUUCAGGAAAAAUGGCAAGUUCCACACAAGAUAGACACAGAUAAAGAAAAACCUAGACAUAGUGAAACUGCAGAGAACCAAAGAAACUAACUUGCAAAAACAAUUGGAGACAAUAGAUUAUUGACAAAAAUCACUGGGUGGAUUAGCUAAUGCCUAUAAUCCCAGCACUGGCCAAAGUGGAAGGAUAGCUUAAGGCCAGGAGUUAGAGACCAGCCUGGGCAACAUAACGAGAUGCUGUCUUUACCAAAAAUAAAUCAUUUCUUUUUAAUAUUGUUGGAUUUGCUUUGCUAAUAUUUUAUGGAGAAUUUAUGUGUCUAAGUUCAUGAAAGAUAUUGGCCUGUACUUUUUUUUGGUUUUGACUGGUUUGGUUAUUUGGCAAUAGCAACCUCAUAAAAUGAGUUGAAGUGUUCUCUCACCUUCUAUAUUCUGGAAUAUUAUAUAACAUUGGUGUUAAUUCUUCUUUAAAUAUUUGGUAGAAUUCACCAGUGAAACCAUCUGGGCCUGGAGAUUUAUUUUAUGAAUCUUUAAAAUUAUGCAUGUAAUUGUUAAUGAUGAUAAAACUGUUCAGAUUUUCUGUUUUAUCUUGUGUUUUUGUCAUUUGUACUUUUUAAGGAAUUGGUCAAUUAUUUCUAAGUUUUCAAAUUUAUUAGCAUAAAAGUUGCUUGUAGUAGUAUUUUCUUUUUAAUGGCUACGAGAUCUGUAAUGAUGUUCUGUAUUUCGUUCUUGAUGUUAAUGUCUUCUCUUUUUUAGUUUUUGUCGGUCUUGCUAGGAGUUUCUCAAUUUUAAUGGUAUUUUCCUAAGAACCAACUUUUUGUUUGGUAAAUUUUCCCAAUUGUUUUCCUAUUACCAAUUUCACUGAUUUCGGCUCAGAUCUUUUCUAUUUCCUUCCUUCUGCUUGCUUGGAUUUAUUUUGUUCUUCUUUCUCUACUUUCUUGCUGUAAAAAAAUUAUUAACUUGAAAUUUUUCCUCUUAUCAUAAGCAUUUAGAACUAUAAAUUUUCUUCUUAGCACUAUUCUAGCUGCAUGCCAGAUUUUUUGACACAUUCUUUUUUAUUAAGUUGUAUAUACUUUUAUUAACUUCCUUUGAUACUUUCUUUUUACUCAUGGAUUAUUUAGAAAUAUUGUUUAAUGUACAUAUUUUUAGAGAUUUUAAAAAACUUGUUAUUGAUUUCUGACUUUUUUUGUUUUGAUUUCCAGUUUUAUUCUAUUACAGUCAGAGAUCACAUUCUGUCUGAUUUCUAUACCGUUAAAUUUGUUGAGGUUUGUUUUAUGGCCUAGGAUAAGGCCUGCUUUGGUGAAUGUCUCAUGGGCUGUCCUCCACACUGUACCUGCUGUUGUUUCUUCUUCGGAAUUCUAAGGUAAUUGUUUUUUUUUUUUUUUUUUUUUUUUUUUUGCCUUUUUUCCACAGUUAAUAGUUGUUCUUCAGGAAGGAUGGUCUGUAGGUGGGGUACAUUGCUAUAAUUAAAAGCAAGACUUCUCCGCACUUUUUAGUUCCAUCUUUAUUUCUGUAUGAUUUUACUUUCUUCGGUUUCUUUCCUGAGUAUAAUCAGUUUUUGUUUUAUUUCUUCCUGCUCUUUGUCCAUUUCUGUUUUUAAAAUUUUUGAUCCAUAGUAUUUUUUAAUAUCUCCAAAUGCUUGUUUAAGGAUAUUUAAUUCUGUUUCAUUGGGUUAGUAUUUUCUUCUCCCUUGUAGUUGUUUUCUUGGGCAUGGGAGAUGGUGGUUAUUGUGGUUGUCAGCUCAAACUUUUUCUCCCUCAUUUUGUUUGCUUCACUUCUCAGCAAAGUCUUCUGGUCACCCAGUCUAAAAUUUCAUCAUGCCCCUCAUAUCUUCUAAUCUUUCUUAUCUACCUUUUUUUUCCUUUUUGCUGCUUAUUACUGUUUAACAUAUGUAUUUUACGUAUCUUGUCUAUUGCCUUUCAACCUACCGAAGUAUAAGCUCCAAGAUGAUUGGGACUUUUAAAAAAAUUGUUUCGCCACUAUUAAUGCAAGGCACAUAGUAGGCACUCGAUUACUGCUUGUUGUAUAAAUAAAUAUAUGAACAAUUGAUUAAACAAAGGUUUAUUUGAA